CCUGAACCUGUCAACAAACCAAUCAGAGCCGAAACAAACCCACGCAGACUGUGACUUUUCUCAUCCUGUUUCAACCUGAAGCCAAAUGUUUGACUCUUUUUCUACGCAUGUGCCUUGUAAACGUCACUGCUCUGUUCACUGAGGCUGUUGGGUGAAGACCUCGCUUCCAUCUCAACAUCAGAUGUAAAAACACAGUAAAUACACAGUAUUCAGGAGUUUGAAAAACAACCGUGUUGAACCGUCAAAGUAUUUUUAGGGUUUGAAAGUGUUUGAGCCUCAGAAUCAAAUCAGUGACUUUCAGUUUUAUUCAGUAAAAGACAAUGAGUCUCUGUUUUCAUCAUGCUAGUGUCUGAGCUUGGAGGCUGCCAAUGUCGACAACAUUUGGAUUUGGAUCAUUAUUCAUUUUUUUCAUUCAUCCAGUGAAACCUCCAGGUGUUAGCGCCCUCGACACACCUCCAGCACUAAUGACAGACUCCAUAUUAGCUUCCCUGUUAAUGCUCAUCUGCUAAUUGUUAGAAUUUGAACAUGUUAAAUAAUCUGUAACACGUUUCAUGCUGUGAACCUGGUUACAUCCAGAAAUGAUGAAGUGUUAGCAUGUGGUAAAGUGCGUGUUGACAUGUUCCUGUUUGCAUAUUAGCAUUUAGCACAAAUUACAGAAAAAGUACAGCUUGGAGUGGUAAAAGCUGAGUUGAGUGUUUAGCUCCACUCGUGGUACAAAAAAAUCGUACAAUCACAGUAUUUACAGUUUUUCAGCUUUUGAACAAAUCGUGUAGUUGCUAACGUAGCUACAAACUUUUAACAAAUUGUGCAGUUGCUAACGUAGCUGCAGACUUUGAACAAAUUGUGCAGUUGCUAACGUAGCUGCAGACUUUGAACAAAUUGUGCAGUUGCUAACGUAGCUGCAGACUUGUAGCACACAGUCGUACCAGGCGGUGACUCACUGAUCUGUCUGAACAUGGUCCUGGAGGUUUAGGUGACUCACUGGAAUAGCUGGUCAGCUUUUGCAGAUGGUGAGCUAGCCGCUAACAUGAUAGCAAGCCAAAAAUAGGUCAACAAGUUAGCUAGCUAGCUUGCUGUCAGUUAAAAUCUGCUGUGCUCAUGUCUUAUUGAAGUUAACAUGAUUUUUAGUCUCCAUCUUGUAAACAUGGUGACGUUUAACAAAUUCUCCUGAAACCUUUGAUCUUCUAUUAAACAGAAGUGCCUGAAAAAGAUGAAACUUCAUGUAUGCAGUGUUGUGUGGUCAGUCCACAGGAUUUUAACCCUGACAUGUGACUCAGUGACACCGGAAGUUGUAAGCAUGGAAAUCUGCUCCAGUAUCAGUUAGCAAGCCGACGAGCUCAGCUGUUAGCGAUACAGGAAGUUAAAUCAGUAAAUUAAAGGCCGGGCUCCUGGUUGUUGACUGACUGAUUGACAGACCAUGAUGCAUCUGUUUAGUGAAUCUCCAGCAGAGCCUGGAGACACUGGAUGAUGAAGCAGCUUCUAGGCUCAGUGGAAAUCAUGGGGAAGUGAACAACGGUGAAAGUGUGAGCGUCAGUUAGCCUGAGAGAAAUCUCUACUUACUUUUCCACUGUGUCACUUCAUCACAGUGAACAGAGUCUGCUCUCCGUUUACUGUCAUGAUGUUUAAAUCAUAUUCUAUAACGACUUUAUAACCAGCCACACGACAAUAAUCACUGUCUCCUUCUCGCCUUUAAAAAGCUCCAUAACUUGAUAUAUUUUGAUACUUUUUAAAGAUGUGAAAAAUAUUUUGUCAGUUUAAUUUUUCUUUUCUUUUUAUGACGGCUGAUGGGAUUUAUGGGACGUGACGUUUGUAAUUGCCAAAAAAAAAAAAGAAAACAACAAAAAAAAAGUGUGUGAGUGUUUUGUCCUUCUCCUUAUGCACUAGCACUUUGAGCAGUAUUUCACCAGGAGUUUGUAUAAGAGAGAUUUUUGUUCCUUGUUCCAUGUAUGAAAACGUAUUUUAUCUUUUCUGGGUUGGAUCAGAGUCCAGCUGUUUGUUUUGAACGUGCCUGAGAUACGCUCAGAAAUAUAUUUCCCUCUCUUUGUUUUUGGCUUGACUCAAUAAAAAAGCUGCAACGAAAACUGA